AUGAUGCCCGACAACGCAUCCAUAAUCUCCUCGAACCCCGCCCGUUCCGUCUUCCCCAAGGGCCCCAGCUUCACACUCGAGGAUUUCUCCAGCCGGGACUUUAUCGUCAAGGAAUUCAUCGAGGCCCUCUCCGACACCGCCAUCUCCCACCGUCGCUCUGCCGCAGGAACCGCCGGUGCCCCGAAUCAGCCCUUCGAUCCCAAACCCCUCAUCCGCACCUUUGAACAUGCCCAGCGUCGCCUGGGGGAGCUCUCCGGAGAUCUAGAGAUUCGCGAGAAUGAGCUUUCAGCUGCGGUCAGGCGCGCAGAAGCUCAGCAUUCUCAGAAUCUGACCACGCUUGGCCGCAAGCUUCGUCAGACGAUCGAGUCGUUCCAGCAGCUAGACACGUCGCUGAAUGGCGCGGGAUUGGAAAAUGCCGGAGGAACGGGGAAUAUGGCAGUGGAAACGGGUCGGCGACUGGAGGAGCUGGAUCGGCAGCGCCGUCGGGCUUUGGAUGCUCACUUCUUGCUAGAGUGCUGGGACGGGGUAUGCAAUCGCGGCGAGAUUUCGCUGUUGGAGAAUCUGCGACGGUCAGGCACGGCGGAGGCCAAGGUUCGCUCUGCGCAUAUUGCGCGCCAGCUGUUGCGCAUCAGUCAACGGCUUGAUCCGCAGAGCUGGCAGCAGUCAUCUAAGCCAAGUAAUGGCAACUACGGGGGCAAUUCGUCCUCGUCGGAAGAUUUGAGUACUGGGAACAACACGCCGCGCCGGAAUACACGGGAGAUUAUUGAGAAAUUCUCGGAGACGUUGGAGAAGGAUCUGCUCAAGCAGUUUGAUGAUUUCUACCGCAAGGCUAAUUUCGAGGGCAUGAAGGAUUGCGCUACGGUGCUGCAGGAUUUCAAUGGCGGUUCUAGUGUGAUUGCGCUGUUUGUGAAUCAGCACCAGUUCUUCAUUGACCGGAGUCAAUUGGUUACGGAGGAAGUAGGAGGUGAUGCCGAGUCGUGGGAGAAGAUGGCCGAUCCCGAUGCGGAGCUACCCGGUGUUGAGCCGAGCCUACAGUCCUUGCUGGAUGAGGUCAAGGUCGUGGUGCAAGAGGAGUCUGCGAUUAUCCGACGAGCCUUUCCUUACUACGAGCAAGUGUUGGGCAAGUUCCUCCAGCGAGUGUUCCAGCAAUCUAUUCAGCAGCGGCUGGAGAUGGUCCUGGACAAAGCCAGUGGGGUCUCGUCAUUGGCUUUCCUCCGGUGUCUACAGAGCUCCCGGGGCUAUAUCAGUGCCCUGAUUGACGACUUGAAGGCACACGGCCUCACUGAACAUCCAGAACCCAUCUCUUCUCAGACGGCACUGCUGCUGGACCAACAGUUAGAAGAGCUCUUCGUGCCUUACUUUGUCGGGUCCUCAUAUAUUGAACGAGAGAAGCGCACCCUGGAAGAGCUCUUCCACGCAGUUCUCUUCAAAUUCACAUCUUACCAUGCUCGCCGGAAGAAGGCUGCUACCACAUUCAUGGCCUCCCUAGCCCGGCCCGGGACCACGGAGCUGCUGUCCACAACUCGCGAUGCGUUUAUCAGCCGGCUCGACUCGCCAGAGAUGUCCCCCAUCCAACGCCGUAUGCUACUUCAAGUAGCCAAAGUCGGCGACGUCCCCGAGACUCAGAGACUGACGGAAAUUAGAAUCACCGAGGAAGAGGGCCAACCCAACCUCGGCGAUGCCAAGCGCAUGCUCAAAUGGCUGGCAGAAGCUGUGGGCCGUGGACUAGAACUGAGUGUCAAUACGGAUACUCAUAAGGAUGUGUCGGCACUAUUGACUCUGUUGCUGGCCACCAUGGGUGAUGGAUACGUGGACGUUUGCCUCGACGCUGCCUUGGAGGCGGCCACCGCACAAGAGUCUGGAAAGAAUGAACCCGACUUUGGCUACCUUAUGUCUGUGCGAACGACGAUCAGCAUCACCACUUUGAUGGUGAUGUGUGUCAAUGCCGUAUUAUUGCCCCUGGCUGCGGCCAGUAUCACGACUCGACGAGAUAUGGAAAAACGGACUACCCAGAUCACAUCCCGUAUUGAGGAGAAGAUCAACACGAUAGAACAGAAGACGAUCGAUGCCACUUUGGCAUGGGUCAGUCGACUGCUAUCUGGCCAGAGAAAGAACGAUUUCCGACCUCGGGAAAGCGAUAGUGCAGCAUGGCUGGAGAUGUUGCAGACACCAACUUGCGCCUCGAUCUGCACGUUCCUCACCCGUCUGCACAACAUUGCCCGCACCUCCCUUCCCUCGAGCGGAUCGAACGUUCGUCAAGUUCUAACGGAGAUUGCCCUUGGCACUCGUGGUUUGCUACUGGAGCACUUCAAACGGUUUGCCGUCAGCGGUCCCGGUGGGCUGAUGGUGACCAAGGACAUGACGCAGUAUGCCGACCUGCUCAAGUCGUGGGACAUUGACGACGACACCAAGGGUCCUGGUGGCGCGCUGGACGUGCUCCUUGAAGUCGGCAGUUUGUUCGUCAUUGGCGUGGAGGCGCUGCGGGAACGUAUCCGUGGUGGUGCGGCUAGCGGGGCCACGGGGGGCUCGACUGGGCCUGGUCGAAGCGCCGGUGGACAGAUCGAGGCUAAAUUGAGUGUGCAGGAAGUGCGGGCGUACGUGUCGCGUCGCGAGGACUCGAAUACCCUGGCUAUGCAGCAGGUUCUGAAUGCCUUGUAA